UUUGUUGCGCUUUGAAGUCAAAACUCCGCCAUAUUCAGUCCACCACGCCCGGAGCGUCAGCUAUCACAGUCGCCGUUACAGUCUGCUCAACUUAUUGCACAAAGUUAAUUUCCCCUUUUACUGGAGAGGAAGAAGGUGAAGUUGUAACCAGGAAUGAUUUUGAGCUCCGUGGGGGCAUGCUGCCUCAGCCCGGAGGCCAAAGAGGCUCGGAGGAUCAACGAUGAGAUUGAGAGGCAGCUCCGCCGGGACAAGAGGGAAUCCCGACGGGAAUAUAAACUCCUUUUGCUGGGAACUGGUGAAAGUGGCAAGAGCACGUUCAUUAAACAGAUGAGGAUCAUCCAUGGCCGUGGAUACUCUGAUGAAGACAAGAGAGGCUUCAAACAGCUGGUGUACCAGAACAUCUUCACAGCCAUGCAGGCCAUGAUCCAGGCCAUGAACGCACUGCAGAUCCCCUACAAGUAUGAGCACAACAAGGCCAACGCCACAACUGUCAAUAAGGCUGAUGUGGAAAAGGUGGUAACAUUAACCAACCCAUACAUUGAUGCCUUGAAGAGCUUGUGGAGCGAUCCGGGAAUUCAGGAAUGUUACAAUCGGAAGCGGGAAUACCAGCUCUCAGACUCAGCCAAAUACUAUCUGGAUGACUUGGAUCGAAUCUCCGAUACUGGGUAUCUGCCAACUCAGCAAGAUGUGCUGAGGGUGAGGGUGCCCACAACCGGUAUCAUAGAGUACCCUUUUGACCUGGAGGGCGUGGUGUUCAGGAUGGUGGAUGUGGGUGGACAGCGUUCAGAGAGGAGGAAAUGGAUCCACUGUUUUGAAAAUGUCACUUCCAUCAUGUUCCUGGUGGCACUUAGUGAGUACGAUCAGGUCCUCGCUGAGUCUUCCAAUGAGAACCGAAUGGAAGAAAGCAUGGCCUUGUUCAAGACAAUCAUAAGCUACAAGUGGUUCGAAGAAUCCUCGAUCAUCUUGUUCCUCAACAAGAUAGAUUUACUCGAGGAAAAAAUCAUGUAUUCACAUUUGGUUGACUACUUCCCUGAGUACGACGGUCCUCCACAGGACGUCGACGCGGGAAAAACAUUCAUAUUAGACAUGUUUGUCAGUCUUAACCCAGAUGAGAAAAAAAUCAUCUACUCCCAUUUCACGUGCGCCACAGACACAGACAACGUCCGGUUUGUCUUCUGCGUGGUGAAGGACCACAUCUUGCAGGGCCACCUGGAUGCCUACAACUUGGUCUAAAAGUGUGGCGGUCUUGUUCUUCUUCUUUUUGCUGUAAUUCAAUCGGCUUUGUACACCUGGCAGCCGGGAGAGCUCCUCUGUGGUUCUGUUUGCUUCACGCUGCUGUUGAACUCUUAAAUCCAAAAACAGGAAACGGAGAAGUAACGCGGCUUGUCGUCAAAUGGCUCCACUACUUAUGUAUUUCAGAUUUUCUAGUUACACUCUUUAAAGUGGAUGUCUCCAGCUAUUAUGAAGUGAGACAUGACAAUUAAAGCGCUGCCUUAGCGAGGAGCCUAUUAUAGUAUGCACUGAAUUUUAUGGAGUGCUUUGUGUAGCAGUGUAAAAUAUUUCAGUGUCCUCAAGAGACUCAGAGGACUUGUAAUGUACUGAGUCUCUGCUUCAGGAAAUCUGUGGAAGUGAAUGCAGACUAACUGCAAUGCAGCACCUCACAUCACUAAUCCAAGUUUGUCAUGGUUUGUUUUUCAAGCUAAAAAGUGUUCGAAGCAUCUGAAUGCUUAGGUUGUGUCUUGACUUAAAGGGAACUAGUCGUAAUCAACACUAAUGACACACUGACCUUAUUACCACUGUUACUUGCACAUUGUAUAUUUUGUAGCGGUGGUUGUGUCUUACUUGCUCCAGUUUUCAAAUUUCAAUUCACUCGAUGCGCCUCACGUUUGUACGGUGUCCCAGAGAGGUCAAACGCUGCAACUUCAGAACUGCGCUGCGACUUAAAAACACCAACAAACCGAAAAUUUCUCCAAAUGCACACAAAACACAUUGGAAAUGAAAAAACAAAGCAAAACACAGAAGCCGAAUAAAACACAGUCGAAGUUAAAUCAGAGCAAAAAACCAGGUGUUUUUGGGGGAGGCGUUUAUUCAAAGGACCAGCUGCGAAACAUUGUACUGAGACACGCUUAAAAGGAGCACACGACUCAUCCAUGUUGUGAGGGAGAAAAACAUGCAGUGUUUUCACAUGAUUCAUGUAAUACUGCAGAUAGAUGUUUGCUAUUAGCCAUUUAGCACUAGAUUGUUGCCACUUCUUCAGGUGUUUGGUCACAUACCUCACCAAUAACCUUUGGGGUUUUUUUUAGUGUUUGUGUGUGUUUUUCUACUACUGUUGUGUUUUAUUCAAGUUCUGUUGUCCUUUGUGUGCUUUUUCAACAUUUUUCUAUUUGCUGGUAUUUCUUUAGUUUGCAGUUCCUUUGACCUCUCAGGGCCACCGUACAUUGUCUGCAUUGACCCUUUUAAGCCACUUAUUUUGAGCACGCAUUACUUUUUGUUUUUUGUUUUCUAAUUCUAAACAUUUCAAAGCGAUAUUCACAUUUAUUUCUUGUGUCAGUUGUACGCUUGAAUAGAACGUUUCUUCAGUUCAAAGACUGUUUGAUUGGAUUUUUAAGUAUAUUUCUUGCUUUGCUCAAAAGGCUUUACAACUUCCCCUUUUAUUUAUCUAAAGGCAUAGUGUACAUAUUGCAUGGUUGGGUAAUCUCCCACUGUGGUUAUUUUUCUGUCUUUUUACUCACAUCACGGUCAGUGUUGAAACUGCUAAAGGGAGAACUUUUAAAUGUUAAAUCAUCUCUGACGCUUUAGAGAUGGUCUAUUCGCAGGCAUGAAGAAAAAGCUCACGAGAGUGUAUCCGUAGCACUAUUGUUCACAGAACCCUCUUCACAGGCUAAUGUGUACCAUUUUAUUUAUUGGUAUAUUUCACUAUGACUGUAAUAUGUGAAUGCAGUCUUUUUAAA